AUGGAGAUAACCAAGAAUAACUUUACUGAGCAAUUAGUAAAUAUAACUAAAGAUUUGAAAAAAGCCUGUUUUGUUGGGUUUGAUGCGGAGUUUACAUCUAUACUAUCAGGCGAUCGGCAUAAAUACAGAUUAUUUGACACAAAUGAAGAAAGAUAUGAGAAGUUAAAAAAUGAAGUAAGGAAAAUGAUGAUGACACAGGUUGGGUUGACAAUGUUUCAAUAUGAACGAGAUCUGGACACUUACAUAGCUACUGCAUAUACUUUCCACUUGUGUCCACAAAGUUUUGGAGAUUUGGACCAAUCAUUUAUUUUCAUAGCAUCUUCACUUAAGUUCCUAUGCAGGCAUAAUUUUGAUUUUAAUAAGUUUUUAUAUGAAGGACUUCCUUUCCUAAGUAAGGCAGAAGAAGCAAAGGUGCGACAAGACUUAAAAGACAAAACAAUGCCACAGAAGCUUACUCAAUCAUUGGAUAUAAGUGAGGAAAGACUACUUCAAGGAUACUGCUCUCAAGUAUCUAAGUGGCAAAGCACGAGUGAAGAUGACACAAUAUACUUGGAUGUAGAAAACCCUAUACUACGAUACUUGGUGCAUAAUGAGAUCAGAAUACGGUUCCCUAACAUGCUUACUACAGAUAGCUUAGGUAAUAGUAAGAAGAUUCUUAUUUAUAGAGACAAACACGUAGAAGGCGCAAACAGUGCGCCGAUGGCAAUAAUAGAAGAAGAUCUUAUGAAUAACCUACUCGGUUUCUCACGAAUAAUUUCUCUGUUAGAAACUUUACAGAAACCAAUAAUUGGACAUAAUAUAUUUUUAGACAUUGUUUUUCUUCAUAAUCAGUUUAUCGGACCCUUGCCAAGUAAAUAUUCGGUGUUCAAGAAAAAUAUUCAUAAUAUGUUGCCACAUCUUUAUGAUACGAAAUACAUAUCAAGUGAGAUGUCUAAGAUGCUAAGCUACCAUGAAGUAUGGAGGUCAAAUAUGUUACAAGAUUUAUACGAGUUCUUUGCUGAGGGCAAGUGUAGAAAAUUACAAAAUGGUGUCAGUUUUAUAAAAGUGAGUCAACCGUUCAACGUGAAACAAACGUAUCAUGAAGCUGGCUGGGACUCCUUUUGUUCAGGCUACUGCUUCAUCCGUCUCGGACACUGGAUGGCGUGUGAGAACAGCGGCACCUACCGACCGGUGGGGCCAACUGAAACCGUCGCAGCUAUGGCGCCCUUUGCCAACAAAGUCAACAUUAUACGAGGCGCUAUACCAUAUAUGAGUCUGGUAGGAGCUGAUCCACCGAGCCACCGUCCGGGGAUACUGCUUAUUGAGACGCUUGCUCAGCGCACUAUCAACGUAGGACAGGUUGCAUCAGUUCUCGCCAGUUGCGGUUCCGUAGACGUAAAACCAUAUGGGAGAAGGACAGCUUUACUAGCUUCUGGCACUAAUAUCACUGUUGACAGAAUCAUGAAAAGUUUCAAAGAUAGUAAAGAGUACCGGAUAACGACGUUCAACACACACAAAUACUCACUCGGAACUCGGAUGGCGAUGUGGAGUGGCGCCUUACUAACCGGAACCCUAGUUGUAUAUAUGCUUCAUAAAAAAGUUAAAAUACUUAUAUAG